CCCGAGGACACUGAGAUGAAAACAGCAGAAGAGCCAGCACCAAAUCUUGGGCAGACCCUGGAGUGGCUGAGAAAGGAGCUGUCUGAGAUGCAGAUCCAAGACCAGAGGCUCCUGCUCACGCUGAGACAUCUUCACAGUGUGCUGGAGGAGCUGCGUGCUGACAGUGCUCAAUGGGAGGAGGCCAGGUCCAACGGAGGGACAUCCCCCAUCAGAGCUCGAGCAGGCUCUGAAGGCAGAGGCUGCCAGCCUGUCUCCUCAAGGGGGCUGGCCCAGCUCCUCCGAGGGGAAGACAGCAGACGAAGCUCCCUCCCUUAACUGGCUAGAGAUGACACUGACCUCCCACCACUAGUGUAAACUUUGACUGUGAUGUUUUUGGGGGAGAGCAUUGGA